GCUUAUACGAGCCAGUCACUAGCUAAGGAAGGUUGAUUCAUAUGGCUUAGCAUUUAAGAGAUAUUAAUCAAUAGCUAGUUUGCAGCCACAAAUUUAAAUACCGGAUUUAUAUGCAGAGCAGCCAGGUUUAGUGAUCUUGGCACACAUAAGAGAAAAUGGCAACUUUUACAGUGCAGAAGCUGCUGAGAUACAACCCUGGGUCACAACUGAAAUAUGAAUUAAACAAAGCUGAUGAACUAAUAAGCUUAAGCUUCCAGACCAGUCUGAUGUCAAAAGUGUUUUUUCAGUACCCAGAAAUGCUACUGCUAUUACAGGCCCACAAUGGAAAGGGGAAAUCCUUAUACAUUUUCUUAGUGGAUGGUCCCCGUUUGACAUCCAAAAAUAAUGCAUCAAAGAUUAUGCAUAUUGCAGUUCCUAAAAAUGAAUCCCCUGAAUGCCUUGUAAAAAUGUUCAGUCAUUUUAAAGACUUCAACCCUAACUGGUUAAUGAUAAAAAUCUUUCUUGUGGACCCAAACUUUAUAGGUAUGGAAGCUAUUAUCAAAGUGUUCCCUUCUGUAGAGAUUGUACCCUCAGCAUUCCAUAUAUGCCGAAAGUUGCAGCAACAUUUUUACAUUUCUGCUGACAUCCACGGUUUGCUAGUAAAUAUCCUGAGAAAAGCUAUGUGCUCAGCCACAGGGCAGAACCUCCACAGUUUGUACACACUGAUCCAUAAGUUUGCAAAUAAGGAUUUGUUGAAGAAAAUGAAUGUUGAAUUGCUGUUGGUGGAUCGUGUCUGGGCCCUCCAUCGCUGGAGAAGUAAAUAUGAAUCCUAUUUGUAUUACCAGAACAUGGAAGCCACAUACUGUGAGAUCACUCAAAUAUUUGGUAAAAACCUCACUUUUGAGAGCAACAUCUGUGCUCUGGGUAAAUACAUCCAGGACCAAACUGUAGACUGUGGUGUGCCUGAUGUGCGUUCCUGCAGACCUCAUGAACUAGACUUGCUGAAGUGCACCCCAAAUGAAGCAGUUGUUGAUGGGGAUGCUGCUAAUGAAACAGAGACUGAAGUACUAAUACGCAAUUCUCUAGACCGCAUCUGUAUUCCUGCAGCUUUCAAACUUUGCUCAAAAGAGUUGUCCAUUGCUGUGAAGUCUGAGAAAUUGUUUGACACACAGAAUGGUGAUAUGAACAUUACAUUGCUAGAAACCCCCCAGCAUUUAUCAAAUAACCUGAAAUCAUGCACUUGUUACUUUAACCAGUUCCUGCAGCUUCCCUGCCGCCACAUCCUGACUGUGCUCGUCACCAGCAAAAAGCCUGUAGAACCAGUAAUGAUUCCAAGUUUCUGGCGUAGUGAGAGUAUUGAGGAAGAUACAACAGUUCAGUUAUCAGCAGAUAUCUUAGAAAUAUUGAAUUGUGAAAGUAAAGACAACCAUGAAAAACAAUUUAGCAUAGACGAUGUGACAAACCAGAUUGCAAAGUCCCUGGCAGAGUGCAGUGACGAGCAAUUCCAGAGACGAUAUAAUAUGCUAAGGGAGUUGGCUGAUGCAUGGAUAGGGCCAUAUGAGCAGGUUAAACUGUAGCGUAGGCCACCUAAUGCAACUUGCCUUGUACAUAACGCAACUGAACACUUGGUCAACUGUAAAGGGUGAAAAAUCCCAUCUGACCCAGUCAUUUGACAGUUUUUCAGCAAGAUGACAAGGGGAUGAGAUCUUAAAGGGACAUGAAACUCAAUUUUUUUUCUUUCAUCAUUCAGAUAGAUCAUGCAAUUUUAAACAUUUUACUUAUAUUAACACAUUUUCUUCAUUCUCUUUGUAUCCUUUGUUGAAGAAGCAACAAUGCACUACUGGUAGUUGGCUGAAAAACAAUGACAAGAGGCAUAUACGUGCAGCCACCAAUCCACAGCUUCAAAGUCUACCUAUGUAUACUUUUCAACAAAGGAUACCCAGAGAAUGGGAAAAAAUACAUAAUAGAAAUAAAUUGGAAGGUUCGGUAUCUGAAUCAUGAAAGGAAAAAAAAUUGGUUCCAUGUCUCUUUAAGAAGGUGUGACAUGUAGACAUCCCUAUAAAAUAUUAUGGGGACUUUAUUUUUUUAAUUUGUGAAUAGCAUAUCUAUAUCGGCAAGUAAGCAUUGUAUUGCAAAAUAUCUGCUUAUAUAAUAAAUGUGUUUUAAAAGUG